AUGCUUCACAGCCUCGCCGGGAAGAAUGUCCACCUCGCCAUCUCCGCCGCCACAGCCGCGGCGGCGUCGGAACCGAGCUCGGCCUACAACCGGCUCAUCUCGGAGUACGGCUCUGCGGGGAGAAUCGCAGAGGCUCGGGAGGUGUUCGACAAAAUGCCGCGCCGGAAUGUGGUCUCCUACAACUCAAUGAUCGCCACCUACGGCCGGAGCGGAGAGAUGGGGGAGUGCUUCCGGCUUCUCUCUGAGAUGAUGCUCGCCGGUCUCCGGCCAACAGAGUUCACCGUCGGCGGGAUCCUGGCGGCACCGCCGGUGGGCCUCCGCCAUGCGCAGCAGCUGCACUCGCUGAUCCUGAAGACAGGGCUCCUCCACAGCGGGCCCUUCUCCGGCACGGCGCUGAUCGGUGUACUUGGCCGGCACGGGAGCAUUGGCGGCGCCGCCGAGGUCUUCCGGGAGAUGGGUCACCGGAGUACGGCGACCUGGAACUCCAUGAUGGCGGAGCUUUCCCGGCGGGGGCUUGCAGAGGAGGCGCUGCGGCUGUUCAGGGAACUUCUGAGAACGGAGAUGGAGCUCUCAGAGAGCUCUCUCAUGGUGGCUCUCUCCGCCACCGCCGGCGGAGAGCGGCUCCACUCGUUGGCCCUGAAGUCCGGCAUGGAUUCCCAUCUGCCCGUGGCUAACAGCUUGCUCAAGGCGUAUUGCAGCGGCGGCGGCGGUGGCGUGAGGGCAGCGGAGAGGAUGCUCUGGUUCAUGGCGGAGAGGGACGCAGCUUCGUGGAAUACCAUGAUCGCGGAGCUCUCCAGGAGCGGGGAGCCCGUCGGAGCUCUGCGGCACUUCUCCAUGAUGGGCUCCUGCGACGGGUUGCUCCCUAACGGGAGGACGCUGGCGAGCGCGCUCAGUGCCUGCGCGGAGCUGGCGGCGCCGCCGGCCGGAGAAUCCGUGCACGGGAAGGCCGUCAAGCUCGGGUUGCAGGAGGACGACUUCGUGGCAAGCUCGCUGGUGAACUUGUACGCCAAGUUCGACCGCCUGGAAGACGCCUGCUCGGUGUUCGGCGAAACUCCGGCGAGGGAGCAGAAGCCCACCGCCGCUUGGAACGCCCUCCUCGGAGGCUUCUCCCGGCGAAGCUGCGGCGGCGCCACCGCCCUCCUGCGGGAGAUGCUCCGGCGGGCCUCCCCCCCCAACGAGUUCUCUUUCUCCUCCGCCCUCCGCUGGUCCUCCCUCCCGGAGCUCCGCCAGCUCCACUCCCUCGCCGUCAAGAUGGGCUUCCAGGGCCACGGCCGCGUUGCCAGCGCCGCCGCCGCCGCUUACGUUGACGAAGACGCCGCCUUCGACGUCGCUGGACACUUCAUGGGUUCUUCUUCUUCAUCAUCUUCUUCCUCGCCGGUCCAGGUGCCGGUGGCCGUGGCCAACGCGGUGGGGGGGAUCCUCAACCGGCGGCGCCAUUUCAGGGAGACGGUGGAGCUCCUGUCUUCUUCUUCCUCCUUUUUCCUGGCGGAGGAACCGGAUGUCGUCACCUGCAACAUCCUGCUCGCCGCCUACGCGCGCGGCGGCGACCACGGCGGCGCGCUGCGCCUGUUCAGGCGCAUGCACGCCGCCUGGGGAGCUCCCGACGACAGCACCGCCGUGAGUCUGCUCAGCGUCUGCAAAUCCCUCUCCAGCCUCCUCCUCGGUGCUCUCCUCCAUGGCCUGAUGAUCAAAGCUAGCUUCCAAUCCUUCGACGUCUUCGCCCACAACGCGCUGCUGGACAUGUACGGCAAGUGCGGCAGCAUGGAGGGCUGCCGGAGGGUCUUCGAGGAGAUGUCGGAGAAGAACCUGGUCUCAUGGACGGCCAUGGUGGCGGCGCUGGGGCUCCACGGCGCCGCCGCCGCGGCCCUGGCGGCAUUCCGGCGGAUGGAGGAGGACGGGUUCUGCCCCGACGGGGUGGCCUUCCUCGCCGCCCUCUCCGCCUGUCGCCACGGCGGGCUGCCGGAGGAGGGACUCUGGCUGCUCCGGCGCAUGGAGAACUGCUACGGCGUGCCGCCGGCGGCGGAGCACUACGCCUGCGUGGUGGAGCUCCUCUGCCGCUCCGGCAGAGUGGAAGACGCCGAGCUUCUGAUAAGCUCCAUGCCCUUCGCGCCGGGCGCCGCAGUGUGGCGCGUCUUCCUCAGAGGUUGCAGAGAUCUCGCCGGAACCAGAGUCGCAGAGGGUUGA